GGGAAAGGGGUUGGUUCUGAACGGGGAUGGACCGGACAUUGAAGAGGGUGAAAUUUUGUGGAAGGAAGAACCCUGGGUGCUCACUUCAGAUUGGGACGUGCUUUCUCAGCUACAACAGACAAGUCUAUGUGCACAUUGUUCCUGUCCACUCUACCUUCGCAACCCAAACUCUAUUAUCCGAUGCGACCACUGCGUCAACGCCAGCUCCUCUUCGACCAUUCGCUCCCUUAGCGCAUUCUGUAACCGACUAUGUUACUCGCGUGCUCAAAGCAGCUAUCAUCCUUUCCUAUGCCCGGGCCAAAACCCAGCUUGCGAGCCAUUGUUGGAGUUGCUCAAGGCGAAUGACUGGAGCGCUCCUCAUUCUCUAGCACGCGUUACGGGAAAGUUACUGAGUAGCUGGAGAGAUGCACAGAUCGGAAGUGGGAGUGGGGGAGGUGUGAAGAAGGAUGGGGGUAUUUCGUGGGAGAGCGAAUGCAAGUUUUUCGAUGCGUUGGCAGCGUGGAGUCUAGAGGACAAGUGGCGUGCAGAAAACAAGGAGAUUACGGCGGCGGAGAGGGCCAAGUGGAAGCAGGCGUACGAGUUGUAUGUGGCCACGUUCCAUAUGCCCACCAGUACAGAAGGGAAAAAGAAGUUGGCGCAGGUGAUGAAGCGACAGGGACCGUUACCGGAUCAGCUGUUCAAAAAGCUCUUUACGUAUGAUGCGUUCAUGCUGAACGUGGGUCGAAUCAAUCUGAGUACGUCGAAUGUUUCACAUCUGUCAUUACUACCAACCACAAACGUGUCUAAUCUAUGUUGUGGGUUUUGUCUAGAUCGAGAGUCUUAUGGGGGACUGUACUUUUUGCAUUCCCAUAUCAAUCAUUCGUGUCGUCCCAAUGCGGCAAUUCGACACCUCGACUUGCCAGGUCGGGUGGAUGCGCUUCUACAGCAGGGCAAUAUUGUCUUCUCCCCCGCGACACUGGCCAAACUAAAAGCCACUCAAAUAACGAAUCCGUCCCCAACGAGACUGACCGUUCUCACUUUGCGGAGGAUCACGGGUGGAGAAGAAGUGACAGUGUCGUAUAUCGAUCCCACGCUGAGCCUCAAGGAGCGCCGAAGAGAGUUGAGGCAGUGGGGGAUUAUGAGCUGUACGUGUGAUCGGUGUGUGGAGGAAGAGAAGGCAGCUGGUGAGGUGAAGGGAGAUGUGCCGGAAGAGAGUGAGGGGUCUGGUGGGAAGGGAGUGGAGGAUCUGGAAGGAGAGUUGAGAGGCGCAACCUUCCUGAUAUCAGAAUACAUAUCAUAUCGCGCGCUUGAGUGUGACAGUGAACUGAAGGCUCAGAGAGGGGAUGUACUGGAUAUUCAGCUCAUCAGCGCUAGUUUACUUGACCAUCGACGUAACUGGCAAUUUGGUAACGCGCUCGCACACUCUGUCUCUGGCCCAGCGCGUGACGGCGGUAAAGUGACGUCUGAUAAAGCCGAGCUUGAUGUGAUGUCGGGCUUCGAAUGUUAUUGCUCCUUUGUGGCCAGACCCAACGCUAAUGAUGCACCGCACGGUGUACCCGUUGAGCAUUUGCCGUGGUAG